AAUAAUGAAUAUUUGAAGUAAUCAAAAUACUGAAAAACAAAUAUAAUAUACCUAAACUUUUCUCAAGUAUAUUUAAGUAAAACUUAAAAUAUUUCAAGAAGUAAAAGAAGUUUACAAAAUAUACCUAUAGAUGCUUUUUGUGUAAAAUACUGAAAGUUUAUUGAGCACUUUCUGAUUAAGUUUAAAUUUUUUUAGACGUCUUUUCACAGCAAUAAAAGCAACAUCUGAGGCAAGUCACCUAUUUUUUUAAAGCAACUUUUUGUCCAUUAUACGUUUUUAAAAUACAUCUUCAUAACUUGAUUUGUUUAUCAUUAUAUAACCCUCAUUAAUAUUCAUUAAUAUGCUAAGAUUAAUUGUGAUUCAGGUGCAAACAUGACAACUGAAACAGACUCGGGUCCGGCUGUUCCACCAUGUCUUGAGAGCUGUACGGCACCAGAAGAAGGAAAAGACUACAUCAUGUACCAUGGCACUUCCAUUAAAGCUGCCAUGAACAUUUUUUCAGAGGGUUUCCUUCAGUCCGAAGAUGGCAUGCUUGGACGUGGCGUCUACCUCAGCCGGGACCUGCAGAAGGCUUCCAGAUACCCUCUGGAUCUGCCUGAGAAAGAGAGAGUGGUUCUGAAAGUGAAGGUUAAUGUUGGGAGAGUGAAGAUUGUUGAUCACCAAGAUCAUACCCUGAAGAAAACCUGGCAUGAUCAUGGGUACGACACUGCCUGGUGCCCUCCAAACUGUGGCAUGGUGUCCAGCGGUCUUGAAGAAGACUGUGUUUGGGAUCCGAAACAAAUCACAGUCGUCGAUAUGAUUCUUUCAAAGGAGUUGGAUCAGACUUGUGUCAUCCUCUAAGCUGUUAAAUCCUGUUGAAAAUAAAACAAGAUGCAAUGAAAUUAAAAUGUAUGUUCUGAUCCUUAGACACAUAAAUUGAUAUGAUUAAUGUAGUUUGAACAUGUUUAUUUGACCCUUUCUGUAUUUAAAAGUUACUCAGAUUUUA